CUGCGGGUCCCGGGGCAGCGCACGGGCAGCCGCGCACACCGCCGCCAGCCCGCGGCCGGGCGCCCCGCAGCCGGCGGGGAGCACCGCAGCCCCGAUGGCCAAGCAGCCCCCCGAGGCGAAGGCGCAGCUGCAGGGCGAGCGGCUGCCGGCCGAGGGGCCCCUUCGCCCCGGCGCCCCCGCCGCCCUGCCCGGCUCCCCCGGCAGCCCCGGGCCCUUCGCCACCCGCUCGCCGCUCUUCAUCUUCGUGCGGAGGUCGCCGCUGAUGUCGCGCUCCUCCAGCGGGUACUUCUCCUUCGACGCCGAGCGCAGCCCCGCGCCGCUCAGCUGCGACAAAGCCACGCAGACCCCCAGCCCGCCCUGCCAGGCGCUCAGCCACUGCCUCAGCGCCAUGGCUUCCCGGUGGCAUUCUCACUCGCUAGCAGAAGACGUACAGCCAGAAAUCUGGAUUGCACAGGAGCUGCGGCGCAUUGGAGACGAGUUCAAUGCCUCCUAUUGUCCAAGAAGGGGUUUCUUGGAUAACCAGGUGGGAAACCCCCAGAUUGUCAUUUUGCGUCUCUUGCGUUACAUCAUCCGCCUCCUCUGGAGGAUGCAGUGAAUGCUGAGCGCAUCCUGAGGUGCUGGGACUUACUUCCUCAUGGGGAAAG